AAACUGCCGGGUGAAUGGUGUGAUACAUUAUUCAGUUUUGUGUAGAGAGUAUCGUCGAACGGACGUCUGGAAGAAGUCGUGUGUUCAUGGCUAUAUAUAAAACAAAUUUUGUGGUUUGGUAAAUUUGAAGUGAAAAUUGAAUUGUUUAAUUAAGAAAAAUUAAUUUCUCCAUGCAAUAAACUCAAAGUGUAACAAGAAUUAUAAACAACAAUUUUGCUUGUGGAUUUAAAUGAGAGAAUGAUGGCUUUGGAUGCAAAAGCAAUCAAAGAAGAGGUUUUGGACAAGGAUAUGUAUGAAUCAAACGCUAGACGAGUCAAAGGUAAAGACCGCUGCAGAACGCCCGAUUCACCCGAAAGCGUACAAGUGAUGGACCCAAAGUCGCCAAUUUCGCCACAGCAUCACAGUUCGCUCGCUCCGCCAAGAUCUAAUCGUAACGGUAGCUCAUCACCAAUAGUGAAUGGAUCGACAACACCUCCACCCACCUCGACCGCAACGACACAACAAACUUCGACUCCAUCGCUUUUACAGGAUUCAGGCAGAGCUGUAACCAAAGUAAAGAAAUUUCUCGGCGCGUUAGUACAGUUUAGUCAAGAUACUAGUCCGGACAGAGGCGAUAGGGUGAGAGCAUUGAUCCUGUCAUUAGCGAGUGGAGGAUUGACAUCUGAUGAAUUUAAGGUCGCCCUGCAAGAAGCAACCAAUUUUCCACUGCGACCUCACGUUUUACCGUUCUUGAAAACUCAUAUUCCUUAUUUACAAAGAGACAUCGCUGGAAUGGCCAGAUCCUGCAACCUGUCAACCCUACAAUAUGUUCGAACAAAUGAGAACAGUGUAUUCGAAAACACUCAUGCAACGGAACACUCUGACAUAUUUUUACCGAUUGAGGUGAGUAGCAGUAACGGGGGCACAACAGUAAAUGGAAAUGGUGUUAUAUUGAAGCGAAGGACAUCGGACAGUUUGUAUGAAAAUCAAAGUGUACCAACAACUGAAGCAUGGAAUGAUUAUUUACUGCCCGCCAAACGACCACAUUUGAUAGUAAAUUCGAAUGCUCAACUAUUUACUUCACAACCGCCGUUAUUCGAUUAUCAUUCCGGUGGAGCACAUAUUGAGCCGUUCACAUCAAUUUUAGAAAAAGGUUCGCAGCGUGACGAUCGUGAAAUUCGUGGUUCAAUCGGUUCGGAUUCGCAGCGAAACAAUCGGUCGAGUGGUGGCGGCGAAGAUGAAUGGAAAAACAUUCACACGAUGCUCAAUUGUAUAUCGGCAAUGGUCGACAAAACAAAACGUGCAAUAACGAUAUUACAGCAGAGAGUUGUCGAAACGCCCCAUCAAUCAUAUGCCGAAUCCAGCUUCGCCGAAAUGAAACGACAAACCGAAGAAAAGGUUACCGAGUUUCGGCGCAAUGCCGAAGAGGCUGUAAAUCAAGUAAAACGACAGGCAGUUAUUGAGAUACAACGGGCGGUUUCGACAGCUGAAAGUCGAGCGGUUGAAAUGAUUGCACAGGAACGAAUAAAAAUGUUUUCCGAAUUAAGUAAAAAUAAUUCGGACGAUAAUGACAACCAGACAGCGGUGAUACCGAUUCCUGGAUCAACGAAUGUUUGCUGGAAUUGCGGACGGAAGGCGAAUGAGACAUGUUCGGGAUGCAAUUUGGCUAGAUAUUGUGGAGCAUUUUGCCAGCACAAAGAUUGGGAACAGCACCAUCAGAUUUGCAGCAACAAUCGCAUCGAAACCACAAGCACCGCCAAGGUGCCACCACAUUUCCGUGGUGCCGUUCCACCUGCCCGAACAUCGCCGAACCAACAGAAUGUCAAUAUUACAAAUGGUGGCAUAUCAUCGGUCGGUCUAAAAUGACAAACGAAAGACUUAAAAUCAAAGAAAAAAUAUUUGUGCUAGUCAAUGCAAAAGAAACCAAUCAUUGUGUAAAAGAGAGUAAACAAUUUCAGAUUUAAAAAUAACAAAAAAGAAGAAGAAAAUUAGCUGCAAGACUCGGUCAUUUUUUUCUCAGUGGUAGUGUUUGGCACAAUUUUUAUGCAUCGCUCAUGAGUUUUUAGCAAUUUGUUACACGUUGGAUUAAAUUUCCAAUUUUUUGUCGGUUUCUUUCUUUUGCAAAAUUGAAUUUUACAGUCAAAGCCAAACUAGAAGUUAGUUAAUGUACGCCCCUUUUUCGUGUCGUAUAGAAUUGUAUCCCAUAUGGAAAUUACGGUUCGUUUCCAAUCCAAAGGAGUUAUAGUUCAACCUUUUUCAGUGCAAUAUAAAUUAGCGUACAGUGGAUAGGUAUAAGACAUUCGAAACGUAUUUAUUUGUGUACCUUAAUUGUUUGUUUGUUUUUUUUUGUUUCCUUCUCGUUAAUUUAGCUUAAAACAAUUACAAUUUUUAAUUAAGGCUAAGCUAUUUAAAUGCAAUUUUAAUUCAGAAAUAAAAUUUAAAGAAAA